CCGCGUGUGGCGAGCGAGUAGGCAGGCGCAAGUCGCGCGCUUAACCGCCGCCGGGGCCUCGCUUCUCCUUCGCCUCCCUUCCGUCCGUCCGUUUCCCCGUCCCUCAGCCAUGCUGGCCGCCGCCCGGCUCCUCCGCAGCUGCGCCGCCCCCGCCCUGCGCGGCCUGGCCCUGAGGACGCCCGCUGCGGCAGUACUACCUCUGCGUUGCUAUGCUCACAAAGCAGAGAUUACAGAUGAAGAACUUGAUGCUCGCUGGGUGAUGUUCUUCAACAAACCAGAUAUUGAUGACUGGGAACUCAGGAAAGGUAUUAACACCUUAGUCGACGCAGACAUGGUUCCUGAACCAAAAAUUAUUGAUGCGGCUUUGAGGGCCUGCAGGCGGCUAAAUGACUUCGCUACCACAAUCCGCAUCUUGGAAAUGGUAAAGUACAAAGCAGGCAAAUACAAGGAGAUAUAUCCUUACGUUAUCCAGGAACUUAGACCAACUUUGAAUGAAUUGGGAAUUUCAACUCCAGAAGAACUUGAAAUGGACAAAGCGUAAACUUAAAUACGGACUUCCCAUGAAUAUACUGUUAAGGUUCUGUGACUGUACAACAAUUAUCUGGAUAUAGACAUUAUAAUUACUUAUUUGAAAUCACUUCUUCCUUUUAUUGAGUCCUGGAUAUGUAUUGUGAAGUUGACCUAAUAAAGAGGAAAUGGUUUGAAUUGA